UUAAUAUUUUUAAAUUAAUUUAUUUUUGAUAUUUGGACAUGUAGAUUUUGUCCACAAUAUAUUGGCAAUUAUUAUUAUACGCAAUAUUAAGUGCCACGAUAAAGAAACAAUAAUAAAUGAAUAAAGAAAAAGGGGAAUCCCAGGAAAUAUCAUACGCCCCAGAAUCAUAAUUUUUCUGGUUGGACUGAUCAUUCAACAUUCAGCUAUCAAGCAACAAACAUAUAUCAAAACGAAUAACUAGUAUCACCGAUUAUACUAAUCAUCACCAUGGUAUCAAGUAAAGCAAGUUUUUGUAUGGUCGUCAUGAUGGUGAUUUUGUUGUCAACUCAUACCAGUGAUGCUGGACCAAUUGGUGCUGGAAUAUGUUAUGCAGGAUGUGCUGCUCUGGUUGGAGCAUGUUUUGCUGCUGCUGGAUUUACAUUUGGCACUGUACCAGGUGCUAUUAUUGCAGCAACACCAGCACUUGCUGGUUGCAAUGCAGCUUUUGCAGCAUGUGAAGCUGCAUGUGUCGCAGCCCUCAUUGCUCCAACACCAUAAAAAAAAAUACAUUUAAUCAAACAAUACAUUAUAUACUAUUAAAUUUUGAGAAAAAAAAAAAAAAAA